CGCAAAACAGCCCCUCUCGUAAGGGUCGAACAUCUUCAAGCUCACCUUACGCUCCUACAUGUUUUCCAUUCCCUCAAGAGCACCGUUAGCGCUACGGGCGCUCCCGAUCUCACACCGGAGGAGCGCUGGGUGACCUUUGUCCACCGUGCAGUGGCACGGUUCUUCACGUGGGGGGAACGCGUAGUCUCCUGGCGCGGUCCAGAGGUGCAGCCAUUGAAAGCUCUUGAGAUUCCACCGAUCGAUGUGCUCAUGGUCUGGCACGCGUACCUGCUCAAUCCACGUUGUUAUUACGAAGACUGUAUUCGA